AUGCGAACUGUAAAUCUACCCAAUGACAACAACAGCUUGGAACUAUACACCACGCUGCUGCAAUGGUUGAUCACCUAUGGCGGUCAUGUCCAUGAAAGCGUCCAGAUCGCCAAGGAUGACCGACGAGGGGUGCACCUGCAAGUCCGCAAGGACUGUAAGGAUGGCAUUGCGGCCGGCACACACGUUCUCCGAACGCCACUGGCUACUACCAUGUCAUACUUCAAUGCCAUAGGGUAUGCCGGCAAUGGUGAUGCUUCGGUGAGAUUCUCAGCGCAUGGUCUUAACUUUCCUCCGGCUUUCAUGGAGGCCGUCGGACCGGAGGAAACAUCAACUUUCUUUCUGAUUGGCCAAUUCCUGCGCGGAGACGAAGGGUUCUGGUUCCCCUAUAUUAGAGCGCUUCCUCAGCCGGGGCAAUUGACUACCCCCCUGUAUUAUGAAGGGGAUGAUCUGGUGUGGUUGGAGGGGACGAGUCUACUUUCCGCUCGAGAUCAAAGGAUAAACCUAUGGCGGACGAAGUACGAGAGUGCGCUUGGAGAACUGCGGAAAUCAGGCUUUGAAGGGGCUGAGAAAUACACUUGGGAUCUGUACAUCUGGGCGUCAACUAUCUUUACUUCUCGCGCAUUUUCAGCGAAGGUGCUUGCUGGAGUCAUCCCCGACGAUGAAGUGCCCGAAGGGAGCAUCUCGGUCCUUCUUCCCGUCAUCGAUGUCUCGAAUCACCGGCCACUUACCAAGGUGGAGUGGCAAGCUGGUGAAGAUGACGUCGCGUAUCUUGUCCUGCGGGACGUCGCUGCUGGGGAUGAGAUAGCGAAUAACUAUGGCCCUCGGAAUAAUGAACAGCUAAUGAUGAACUAUGGCUUCUGCCUCCCAGACAACCCGUGCGAUUAUCGCAUCGUCAGUCUCCGAGCACCCCCUGGCAGUCCUCUUCAAGUGGCCAAGUCACAGCAGAUGCAAAUGUUCCCCGCGCUAGCUACGCAUCCAGCGAAUGAUCACUACUACGUGUUCAGCGUUUUCUAUCCUCUACUUGACCCAGAUACCCCCAUGGAACAUUCGAUCUUUUCCCCGGCGCUGUUCCACGGCGUGUCUAUCUUGGCGGCAAAUAAUAGGGAAUUGCAGACUCUGGAGAUUUCCGAGCAAGAAGUCCGGAUUGCACAUGACUACGGGAACUCGCGGGCUGACCUUGCCGCUAUCAGCCAGAUUACCAUCGAGCUGAUCACCCACAUUGCCAAGCUGAAGUCCUCUGCCGAAGAGCUCCCCAGUCCGUGUAAUCUCAAACAGACCCAUGCCAAAAUCUACCGGGACAGUCAGAUCAUGCUGUCGGAAACAGCCCUGGUCAUUGCUGCUUGGACGCUCCACCGGGCACGGCAGCACAACUGUGGUGGCAGUUGGGGAGACACCAAACGACUCCUGGGUGCCCAUAUGAGCCGGGUCCCGGCGGGCAAGUUUCCCCAGGAAGUCCUGUCUCGAACCCAAGUACGAAUCCUGGAGCGCCCGUCCAUCCUGGCGAACAAUGGAGAGCUCUUUGCAUUGAACGAGCUAGUGGAUCUCCUGCCAGUUGCAAUGCAGCAGCCGUGCACAGCCUGUUUCCAGGAAGUUACUUCGACAAUGGAAAGGGCCAUCCCGAUGCUGCGAGGUAGCCCGGAAUCGCCGUUUGGCUUCCCAAUGUUUCUUUGUGUGAUAACCGCGGCCUAUAGGGCCGCGAAGUGCUCUCAGGAGACAUGCCAGCUCUCACCACGAUUAACCAAAUGGGUCCAGUUCUUGCUGGACAAGUAUCCACCGCCUCCCAACGACGUCCGUUGGGCGCUGGAGGAGGAGGACGAUGAACAGAUGUUGGACAUGUUUGACGACGCUCUCAUGAAGAAGAGACGCCAGGACUCGGAUGUAUUCUCACUCUUGGCCAAAUACACGGGAGAUUGGGAGGGAGACGACUGGUGGCUAUCCCCCAAUUGGAUGCGAUGGGCAUGGAUGAUUUGCGAGCAGGAGCGUGUCUCGGUCCCAGAGGAUCCGCUGGGACUGCUAGGGGCUAGAGAAGAGGGACCCGGAUCGAUUAUGCUGUCGACGGUGACGUAUCUGUAUGUUCCGCAGCCGUAG